UCACUGAGGAGUGAGUGCACGGCUUAUUAACCUGCAGACAGACAACAAACACAGCGAGACAUCCACACAGGUCGGCCCGUGUCUGUCUGUCUGAGUCGCGUGCGUCCAUGCGUAGGCACCUACCCAGACGGGAAGGGCCCUGAGCCGACGGCCUGUGAUGUGCGGCCGCACCAAGACGUGCGCCACCGUCUGCACGAGCUCCUUGUAGAACUGCACGAUGGACACGGGCGAGGGGGAACUGUAUGCUGCCGGUGCACCUCAGGGUCAGAGUAUGCCAAGGCGGGAAAGCGCUCCUCUGGUCGCGGUUCUUCUCCAGAUGGGGCACCGAUGCUUUGGGCGAUGAGGGAGCAGGGCUGACGCGCACCCGAGGGGAGCUCGAUCGACGUGGGCUGGGGCUGCCGCCUGUCUGCCCUGACGGGUCCAUCGAUGACCCGUCUGGCAGGGCCUUGAGCGGCACCGACGACACAUGCACCGGCCGCGAUGCCGUUACGGUCGAGGCCAAGAAGUGCCUGCGAGGCGGCGCGGCGCUCUCCAUCGGGGCCACCCGGUCCGAACAUGUUGAGGUUCACCUCAGCGUCGGCGGCUGACGACAUUGCUGCCGGCGGCUCCUGCUGCUGUGCCGCGGGCUCGUGGUCGCCAAUCCUGAGUGAGUGAGCAGCGGACAACGCACACACACACAUAUACAGACAUACAGAAAUGUGUGUGGUGUGGGUGGGGGUGUGGACACUUACUUUUGUAUCUGUUCAGUAGCUUCCCCCAAAGAAGCUUUGGCGAUGGACGCCGUGCCCAGCUCACGGUUCUCAGGGAUCUCCACCAGCGAUGCAGCCGCUACCGCGACGCCGACCAUUUCUGCCUCUUGCCCGCUCUCGCGAGGGGCGCUGUAGGUCUGCACUGAUGCAGCCGGUCGGCUGCGAAUGGUGCGGCUGGGGAGGGGAGGUAGGUCGGCUGCUGAGUGUCUCGCUCGUAGUAGAGCUGGCCUUAGUGU